AGAGUUUUUGGCUUGAACAGUGAAAACAUCCUGGUUUAUCUGCUGCUAUAAACCAAUAGCAGAGAUGGAUGAGAGAAUAUAAAAAAAAUCUGAUAAAAUACAUGUUUUCACCUGCCGUUGACAGCCAAACGUCAUCAUCGGUUGUUCAGUCUGUCAGGUUCACAUGGGGAUUGCGUUUGGGGCGUCAGUCUGUGUCUCAUAUCAUCGCAGGGAUGAACAGCGUCUUCUCCUGUUCCUCAUCGGGCUCGAAAACCCUCGCAAAGAGAAAACUUGGACAGACUCGAAGUCUGGAUUCUGCGCUGAUGAGAAACGGCGCGACGCCCGCAGACGUUAAUAGCGUUCAGCGGUUCUCGAGCUCCACAACUGGAUUUACCAACAACCAAACCAUCUCUGAAGACCCCAAACUCCAACAGCGUCUUUCUUCGUCGAGUUUGUCGACGUCUUCAGACGCUUCGUCGAUCUCCAGCGUUCAUUUCAAACGCAACGCGUCCAGGGAUUUAUCGAUCAACCUCUCCGGUUCAAGCAACAUCUUCUCACCGAGAAAGUGGCUUCAAAGAAAGUUGCCUCAGUCGGAUGCGGUUUCCCACAAUAUCUGUAAAUCUGAGGGAGAUUUUACCUGUAAGAAAGCGACGGGUCAUAACCUCCACAUGCAGUCGGUUCCCAUCCAGAGUCUGUCGGAGCUGGAGAGAGUCCGGCUGCAAGAAGUGGCCCUGGUCCGACUGACCAAAGACUUUGAUUUGGGCUGCCAGAUCACCAUCCCUAAAGAUGGCCAGAAGCGGAAAAAGUCACUCAGGAGGAAGCUGGAUUCUCUAUCAAAAGAAAAGAGAGACAAAGAGUCGGAGGCGCAGGCGUUCGGUGUGCCGCUGUCUCAGGUGAUCUGUAACGACCGGCGUCAGAAGCAGCUUCAGGAGGAGCAGGAGGAGCUUCGGCUCCCGGCGGAUCGAGUGUGUUCCCGCAGAUCCACCAAACACGAGCUUUCCAGCAGCAACUCCUCGCUCAGCUCCUCCUCGGAGACGCCCAACGACCCCGCGACCCCCGGCACCCCGGAGACGGCCCUGCGCACACGCCGACGGGGCGGCAUGUCUGUGGACUGCAUCACUGACCUGGACGACAGUCACUCGCGUCUCCUGGAGGCGCUACAGCUAUCGAUGCCGCUGGAGUCGCCCAGCGAGAAGAAGAAGAUGAGCGACGCUAAGCUAAGCCUGAACCCCAUUUACAGGCAGGUGCCGCGCGUGCUGGACAGCUGCUGCCAACAUCUGCAGAGAUACGGUCUGCAGACGGUCGGGAUCUUCCGGGUCGGAAGCUCCAAGAAAAGAGUUCGACAGCUGCGUGAGGCGUUCGAUCAGGGCACAGACGUGGCUUUAGACCAGAGGCACAGUGUUCAUGAUGUGGCGGCGCUGCUGAAAGAGUUCCUCCGAGACAUGCCUGAUCCUCUGCUGACCCGAGAGCUGUACUCCGCAUUCAUCGCCUGCGCAUCUCUGGAGAAGCCAGACCAGCUCUCGGCCGUUCAGCUUCUGAUCUGUCUUCUGCCCGCCUGCAACAGCGACACACUCCAGCGUUUACUUCACUUCCUGUCUGAUGUGGCCAAUCACGCGGAGGAUUCCUGGGACGCUGGCGGGAAAGAGGUCGUUGGGAACAAGAUGACGUCCCUGAAUCUGGCCACAAUCUUCGGGCCGAACCUCCUUCACCAGCAGAAGAUCUCAGAGAAGGAGUUCAGUGUCCAGAGCUCGGCCCGAGUGGAGGACAGCGCCGCCAUCAUCAGCGUCGUGCAGCGCAUGAUCGACACACACCACACACUCUUCAUGAUCUCUGCGGAGCUGCAGAACGAGGUUCUGGUGAGUUUGUUGGACACUGACAGUGAUGUGGUGGAUUAUCUGAUGAGGAGGAAAACACCACAGUGUGACGAGUCCCGGCGCUCCAGCGGCGAGAUCUCUCCGUACGAGAACAACUCUCCGGUGCUCUCCCAGUGGCUUCAUCCCUCGGGACCAGAGCAUCCCAGUCUCGCUCUCGCUGGGAGCGGCACAGUGAAUCCGUCCUCACGGCCCGACUCUGCACACUUGUGUUUGUGUCCCCCAGCAUACCUGAGCACACUUGUGUUUGUGUACCCCAGCACACCUGUCACACUUGUGUUUGUGUCCCCCAGCACACCUGUGUUUGUGUACCUCAGCACACUUGUGUUUGUGUACCCCAGCAUACCUGAGCACACUUCACACCUGUGUUUGUGUACCCCAGCAUACCUGAGCACACUUGUGUUUGUGUACUUCAGCACACCUGUGUUUGUCACACUUGUCACACUUGUGUUUGUGUCCCCCAGCAUACCUGAGCACACUUGUGUUUGUGUACCCCUGCACACCUGUUCAGAUGGACACCUGUAUGAGCGCGUCUCCUCUGAUGUCUUCUACGACGACGACAGCGACGCCAAACCUGUGCCUGAGACGCAAACGUCCCGUUCAAACGCCCCUCCAAUCACAGCGAGCCCUCGGACUGCCUUCCACCAAUCAGAGGAGGCCACGGCGUGUCAUGCGGGCCAGGGGGCGGAGUCACGCAUCACUCAGCAUCCAGACUGGCCAAUGGAGAAGUGGCAAAUAUGGCAGCUCUUGUCAUCGGACAGCUUAGACACACUUCCAGAGACAAUGGUGUAA